AUGCUAUUUAAAAGGCACACAGGGUUCGCCUCACUCGCUUUAAUCCUUGUACUUAAAUUUUCUCAAGCGCUAUACUCAGCUAAGGACUAUGCGGUAUCUCCAGACCUUCUGCCGGGGCUUUCCUCUGUCCAGGAUCAAGGUCUAAUACCAGAAAUGUUUGCAGGCCACAUACCACUAGACUCCAACGACGAUCUCGACACGAAAAACUACUUUUUUUGGAAGUUCCACGAUAUGUCGGGACGUACUAGUGACAGUGCCAAAAACACCUUAAUCUUUUGGUUGAAUGGGGGUCCAGGCUGUUCUUCAAUGGACGGUGCUCUGAUGGAAAGUGGUGCUCUGAGGAUUGACUCUUCUGGCAAAGCAUAUUUAAACGAGGGUAGCUGGCACACGAGGGGUGACAUUGUUUUUGUUGAUCAGCCAGCUGGUACUGGGUUUUCAACUGUAGGAUCCGAUAAAGGUUAUGAUACUGAUUUGGAAGUUGUGUCGCAACAUUUCUUGGCAUUUUUAAAGAACUACUUUGAGAUUUUCCCCGAAGAUUUGAACAAAAAAGUCCUUCUCGCCGGUGAAAGUUACGCCGGUCAAUACAUUCCAUUCUUCGCACAAGCCAUUUUGGAUGAAAAUGCAGGAAAAGAAGUACAAGAACAGAUCAAAUUGAAUGCUCUUCUUAUUGGCAACGGGUGGAUAGAUGCAAACCAGCAAUCGUUGUCUUACAUCCCAUUUGCUCUAGAGAAGGGCCUCAUCAAAAAAGGUGACCCCAAGCUCACCGAACUUUUGAAAAAGCAAGAGAGCUGUCAAAAUAGGUUGAAUUCAGCCUCAAAUGAGCAGUUUUCAUUUCCAGAAUGUGAGGAUAUUUUGUCGGUUUUGUUGGACAUUACUAGAGUUACUCACGAUCCUGAAGGGAACAAAGUUAACGCGAACCAGCAAUGCAUUAACAUGUAUGACUUGCGAUUGAAGGAUUCUUACCCUUCAUGUGGCAUGAAUUGGCCUGAUGACCUGCCUAACGUAUCUAAAUUUUUUGGAACACCGGGCGUUAUGGAAGCACUCCAUCUAGAUUCAGAGAGAGUCCCAAGCUGGCACGAAUGCGAUGAUAAAGUAUCAGGUCACUUAACCAAUCCAAAAUCGAAACCGUCGGUGCAUUUACUUCCUAAGAUUUUGGAGUCUGGACUUGACAUCAUUUUGUUCAACGGCGACCAGGAUAUAAUUUGCAAUAACAUGGGUGUAGAAAGUUUAAUCAGCGGUUUGUCUUGGGGUGGCGAAAAAGGGUUCACCGAGAAUACGCAAUAUUAUGAUUGGGUUUACAAAAGUGGCGAAGAAGAUGAAGUCAUACCAGCUGGGUAUGUCAAGUACGAUAGGAACCUGACGUUCAUCAGCGUCUACAAUGCAUCUCAUAUGGUACCUUUCGAUAAUGGGCUCAUCAGCAGAGGAAUCAUGGAUAUAUACCUGAACGAUGUCGAACUUGUCGAAGAUGAAAGCGGGGACACUUUGGUAAGCGAGAACUUAAGUGAAGUAAAUACUGAUUCUGGAUUAGAUUGUGAGGGUAAAGAUAAGGACUCGGAUGAGUGUAAAGCUUUGAAAGCUUCACAGGGUGAGGAUGAAGAUGAAGAUGAGGAUGAAGAUGAAGAUGAGGAUGAAGAUGAAGAUGAGGAUGAGGAUGAGGAUGAGGAUGAGGAUGAGGAUGAGGAUGAGGAUGAGGAUGAGGAUGAGGAUGAGGAUGAUGAUGAAGAUGAGGAUGACAAUGGAAUUGAAAUUGAGCACUCAGAUGAUUCUCACAAAUUCAAAGUGACUGUCGCUUCGACCUUAAUCUCAGUAGUCAUCAUAGUCGGCCUCUACUUCACAUUCCGGGAACAUUUCCGUCCCAAACUUCGUGCCAUAUUGGUGGAUCCUAACUCUAGACCAGAGCAAGGUAAGAAGACAGUUUCUUGGGCUUCUGAUUUGGAGCAAGAUGCUCCUAACCUUGGGGAGGCUCCUAUGGGCUCCAAGCAUAAAAAUGGAUAUUCUCAAGUGCCAACGCAAGAUUCUAGAGGCUCGUUCGAGUUGGAUGAUUUAUAA